AUGCUAAGGCUGCUUCAGAGUGAACGGAGUGACGAUAUAGCUAACCUCAUCAAGAAGCAUUGUUCGCGGUUGAUGGAUAAGGCGCAGCAGCUCAAAGAGCUGCCGAGUGAGCGCGCAGCUCAUGCCAAGAAAGAAGCUGUCAGGCUCGAGAAUGCUGCCAAAGAAGCCGAGAAGAAUUUGAGGUUCUCGCAGGCAGCCAAGUGCUUUGCCGAUGCUGCAGCUGCAUUUAAACAGCUGCGACUGAAGUCCAGCGGACAAUUGAAAGAAUGGGCAGGACGACAAGCCAUUGCGAUGAUAGAAAAAGCCGAAAAGUACACGACGAAUGCGAAGGCUGCCAUGUCAAACGUUCCCCGACGGGCCAGUGAAGAUGAUUGUGUCCUGGGAUUACCUCACGUACCUGGGAAAGCUGAUACAACUCCGGAAGAGGCAAAACAACCGAAUCUCUAUGAAAAUCCGGCGGCCACUGCUGGUGUGCCUGAGAGCCUUACUUCUUCUUUCGUUCAAGGAAGGUCGAACAAAACCAAAGAGGAGGAGCUUGUCAUUCGGCAGGGGAGCAAGAUAAAUGGCAAAAUUUAUGAGCCGAUGUACGUGAAUGAUACAGAUUACUCAAACUUCUCAGGUGACAUCUUUAAGGAUCCAGCUGGUUUGCCACCUCUUUCACAGAAGCAGAAGAAGGAAGGUGCUGUCUGGGCAAGAAUUUCUCAAAUCUACUCGAAUCCCGUGGUGAUCAAGCAAUUCACGUACGAGAAUAUCACGCAGACUUUGGUAGGAGAUUGUUCGUUUGUGUCUUCUCUUGCCGUAUGUGCUAGCUGGGAAAGGAGGUAUGGAAGAACCUUGAUCAGCAGAAACAUCUAUCCGCAGAAGAACAACGUCCCUGUCAUAAGCCCUUCAGGAAAGUACAUGAUCAAGAUGUAUUUGAAUGGAGCUGUGAGGAAAAUUGUCAUCGACGAUUAUCUUCCAGUGGUUCAGAGCAUGCCGCCUCAGCUAUUGUGCAGCUAUUCACGGAUCGGCGAGGAAGCAUGGCUACCCUUAUACGAGAAGGCAUACAUGAAACUACAUGGAGGGUACGACUUUCCAGGCUCGACCAGCAGCAUCGAUCUGCACGCCCUCUGCGGAUGGAUUCCUGAGACAUUCCAUUUGAAAGAAGACAGCAAGUCCAGGAGCGAUCCGGAAGAGGCCUGGCGGCGGUUGGAGCAGGGGCAGAAGAAGGGGACUGCACUUUUCACCAUGGGGACCAAGUCACUCUCGGCUGACGAAGAGGAGCGAUCAGGACUUGCAAGCCAGCAUGCGUAUGCUGUGCUGGAAGUAGUCAUGGCCGGAGGAAGGAGACUGGUGAAGCUUAUGAACCCGUGGAGGAGGAUGAGAUGGCGGGGAGAGUUCUCGCCGCACGACGAAACAAACUGGACGCCAGCACUGCGAGCUGCACUAAAAUACGAUCUUGACUCAGAACUGCUUGAGGAUAACGGAGUUUUCUGGAUCUCGUGGGAAGCGGUCCAAAAUUUCUUUAGUUCAAUUCACUGCAGCUGGAGUCCAGCUCGAUUCAAGUAUCGAAGGAAUGUACAUGGAAGCUAUCAGAACGUGAAGAAUCAGCGGAGAUGUUUGGAUGACAAUCCUCAAUACCUGCUGCAUGUCAGAGCGUCCACCGAUACCAUGGUCUGGGUCCUGCUUGACAGGCAUUACUUGGACACCAACGACGAGCCCCACAUCGCGUUGCACGUCUAUCAAGGAAACAGGAGGGUGUACUAUCCUGUCAAUCCUCUCAUUCACUCCGUGUACAACAACAACCCACACUUCCUCAUCCGGCUCAACUGCCGCCAGGGAGAGAACACGUUCGUCCUUGUGGUCUCCAUGUACGACGAGGGGGCCAAGAUGAAUUUCACGCUCACGUCAUACUCGGCAGACCCCUCGGCCAUCACUCCGGUGCUGGACUGCCCUAAGAUAGAAGUCAAGAGAAGCAGUUUCUCCAAGGUCUUCAGACAUAACUGGGCUGAGGAAUCGGCAGGCGGCAGCAUCAACACCGACAAGUUCGACAUGAACCCCAUGUUUCGGAUCGACAGUCAGCACACCCAGCGCAUCUUCAUCAAGAUCCGCCCGUCAGGAAACUCAUCGGUGCACGUCGGGAUGCACUUGUUUGUAUCUGGAGACCGCGUGCGUCGGAGUGAGGCUCAGGAGAUGACGAGUCUCGAUGGAGAGACCCAGUAUCGCUCGGAGUGCAUAUGGCGGGAGUAUCAGAUUGCUGAGGGCAGCUACACCCUGGCCGUGGCAACCUUUGAAGUCGGCUAUGUCGGAGAAUUUUUGGUAACGAUAAAGGCGGAGAAUGAAGUCAGGAUCGCCAAGUUGCCACCAUUCAGAGCCGCGCCUGCUGUGGAACCAGCGGGUGAGGAAAAUUCACCAAAAGCAAAUGACGGAGAAGCAACUUGA